AUGGCAAACUCAUCUUUUAAAAGUUCUGCUAAAAGAUCCGGUUUAUCAUCAUGUUCUGGGGUUAGAAAAGAUGCACAACACAAAUCAAAUUCGAAAAAGUCGAAAUCAAAAAAAUCAAGCAAAUCCAAGUCCAAGUCUAAUAAGUCUAAGUCUAAGUCUAGCAAUGAUUCACAGCAACACUCGAAGUCACCAAACUUACAGCAACGUAAAUUAGAUUUACCUUUACCAGCUUCAUCAGAAGACUUACCUUCUUCUUCAUCUUCUUUGAGUUCUCUAUCUUCAAGUGAACAAGAAAGAGUUGAUCAAGUUUCAAAAGAGUACAUUUUAUCUAAUCAAUCAUCGAAAGUAGAUCCUACAACUCAAACAAAGCCUCUUGAGACAUCCAAAAAUUCAAUGAAUAUCAUUCCAUUAGCUUCUACUGGAAAACUCUCUAAAAAUGAUGAUUGUUCUAACAAUAAUAAAUCUAAUGAUUCUACACCUAUAGAUUCAAUCAACCAAAACAAAGCUGAAGGGAAUAAUAACACCGUUAAAAAUUUAGAAAAUUUUAAUUUAGAAUCUUCACCAAUCCCUUUAAACACGCUUGUUGCACUUGCCACCGUUGUUAUCAAUAAUACUCAGGAUUUAACUCAUUCUUUACAAGACUUAGCCGACAACACUAAACCAUUCUUGGAGAAACCACAAGAUAAAGUUGAUGAUCAGGAUUCAACAAGAAAUGAUGUUAUGGUUUCUUCAACACAUGGGUCACAAGAGCCCCCAUCUAGGUCUUUAGAUUCGAUUGGAGAAACUCUUGCAUCAGAUAUUACAACGCCUGCUUCAUCAAAAACGAUACAUUUAAAUAACGGACUUCAUAAUUCAAAAACUGAUAUCUCUAAUUCUUCAACAAAAAAGAAAGCCAGGUUUAAUAAUGUUUUGUUCUUUGAACCCACUAAUUGUUCAAAUAAUUUAAAUAUGUCGCCUAGUAGAGCAUUAGAAUUAAAAUUAAAACUCAAUAACUCUGAGGCUUCUCUUAACCCUUUUGAAGCUUGUUUAAGCAAAUCAGAUGAUUUGGUUUCCUGUGAUAAAACCGCAAAUCCCUUGUCCAUUUCGCCAAAAAAAAACCUCUCACCCCUAAAAUCGAUUCUUAAAUGCCCCUCAUCUCCUAUUCCUUACUCUGAUCCAGUUUUUGCUUCUUCGCCAACAAAAACAGGUCUUUUACAUCAACAAUCAUCUAAAACAAAAAGUGAAUAUAAAGUACAUGAAAAUUUAUUAAAAUCCUUACUUAACAUAGUGGAGGAUUCUAACUCUUCCAACAAAAAUAAUAGUCCAACAAAGCCAGAUAUUAAAAUUUCAACAGAAAACGUAGAAAUUCAUAUUCAAACUUUGGAAGAAAUUUAUUCUUCUACUUAUGAUAUCAAGUCAGUGAUCUCUAUUGAUCCUAUAUUUGUUGUUUCUUGUGCAAUUUUAAAUUAUUUGCAGCAUAACCCUCGUUAUGAAUAUGCCAACUCUAAUUUAUCCGGAAAUGGUUCUCAGUUGUUAGGUCCUCCUUUUUUUAACAGUUUUCCCAAUAUUAAGUUGAAAAUUAAAAUAUAUGGAGCUAUUUACAUUUUACUUAAAAGCCGAGACACACCUAUCUCCAGUGCUGUCUUAAAAGCAUAUACCCCCAUUUUUCUUUUAUACGCUUACAAUGAUUUGGUCAAAGCCACUUCUGCUUUUGAAGAGGCCCCUGCUUUUCCAGCUCCUUUAUCUACAUCAGCUUUUAAAAAAAAAGAUAAUGUUUCUAUUCCAGCGACUCCAAAUAUAACAAAAACAGAGGCAACAUUACUUUCAAAGCUUAUAGGAAUGAUUGGAAAAUGCCUUGAAAAUGCUCUUAAUAUCCGGUAUUCAAUAGAUCGUAAUUCUUUAUCAGUUGAUAAAGCUACCAAGGUUUUACUUGACUCCGCAAAUACCUUCAACAGUAAUGGUAGUUCAAAAUCUGGUAAUUCAGCUGAUGACUCAAAAGUUAUGCUUAUAGAUGUUUCAAGAAAAAUUUUUGCCCAUGUCAUUUUAUGUUUUUCUGGGAAAUUUUCACCCAAAUAUAUUACUUCACCAUUUCUACGUUUGUUUUUGAGUAAAAUGGCUAGAAUUGCACUUACACCAAAUAUGCUUCAUCAAUUUCUUGUGAUUAUUAACAACUUAACUGUAUCCAAUGAUUCUGAAGCUAAUAUAUCUUCCAAACCCUGCUUCUCCAGUUCGAAUUUGAUUGAGAUCUUGAGUAUUUACCGCCAAUACCUUACUGUGGAUAGUGUUGGCUUAAACGGUGGAACUGCUUUGCAUUCUUUAUCUAUUAAACGUCGAAAUUAUAUGCUUGAACACCCAAACUCUUGGUUACCUUCUGUUAUGUCAAGACUGAUUGAUACAAACCCUAUUAUAAGCGUGAAGGCUUUGGCGGUAUUAGAAGAGAUUGCAGGUAUCUUUGAUUCUGGGCAUAAUACGGCUUCAUCAAAUAAACUUGAUGGUGGUGGAAUUUUUGACCCCUCUUUAUUAGACGGAAGUUCUGAUACAUCAUCCUUAAAUUCGUCAUCAUUUGUGCUACCAGAGCCAUUUUGCAAAUGCCUAUUACAAAUAUUUGAACGCCAAAUUGGUAAUAAUUCUCAUUUCAAUCAAAACAAUAACACAAAUGAAAAACAAAAAAAAGUCUUUUUGUUUGACUUAUUCAGCGACUAUUUUAAACAGGCUUGGGCAUCUCACAAAAUCCCUAUUUUGUCUAAUAGCAAUUCAAGUGUUUCUUGUUCUGUUAAUGGUGAACCGUUCACAUUUUCACCAAGUUCUAACAAUAACACUAAAACAGUUUUCCUAAAUAAUGACGUUGCUCAGCAUGCUUUUAAUAUUUGGCGAGCAGUUUUUCGUUGUUUUUCUGCUAUUUACCAUAUCAGCUUCACAGGUUCAUCUACCAAUGGAGGAGUUAACGGUUCACAAAAAAAUGAAAAAUCUAUACCUAGAUUGGCAAACUAUCUUUUUUUUAAGUGGAAAUAUUGGCAGCAUUGGAUAUCACUUAUUUUGGAUCAAGUGAAAUCCUCAAAGGAUUUAUAUUGUUAUCACGAACCAUUUGACUCUUUGUUGAAAACACCUAUUGAUACAUCUUUGUUUGAGAACCACCCUCCAAUUGAUAUCGAUGAAUUUCGAUUCAGGUUUUUAAGAUCAAUUUUUUUUGAAUGGAUUCACUUUAGUACUAUGGUAAUGACGGCAUCAUUUAAUCCAGCGGGCUCAAUCUGUUCUCGUUUAAAUGGAUCCCCAUUUUUUGAUUUGUGUUUCCCUUUUUCCGAAAAUUUUGAGCUUCAGGGCCUUUCCAUGUUUGAACUUUUUAAACUAAUCGAUCUGCCCCCUAUUCAUCCAUAUGAAAGCCACAGUGAUCCUGGAAAGCUCUCACAUGAGUUUUCUAACCAUUUUCAAACAAACAAAUCUGUUUUGGAAAAAUUUGAGAAACAAGUACAUCUCAUUGGAAGUCUUCGCUCUACCAUAUAUAAGUCUCUUGUUUUUGUUAUUACCUCUGUUCGAAUUGCUGGAAUAUAUCCUCAGGAUUUAUCUAACUGGCAUUCGGAUGAUCAAUCAGAUUUAGAACGGCUUUCUGGAUGUACUCAAGAUUGGAUCAAAAUUUGGGAUGAGUAUUUAAUUAAGUUCUUUGAGGUUCAAUUGUCUAACAUUUCUGUUCCAGUUGCAGAACUUGUUCUUGGAAUCCAGGUUUUAUUUUCGGGUGAUUUAUACAAUCGUAAUGACUUAUUUACUAAAAAUCGAAUUCAAUCAGUGCUAGAUAUCAAUUCCUUGAAUAGCCAUGAAAUAGGAUCAUUUUCAAAACCAUUUUAUCCCAAAGCUGCAACAAAUUUAGUCAAGUUGUACAUCCAUGACCCCACUUUGACGAAAACCAAUAUUGAAGAAAUAGGAAGAGCUUCUGUUGAUAGGGAUGAAGAAACCACUGUUUCACUAAAUAACCAAAAUGAAAACAUUUUAUGCUCCGAUGUCGUUGGAAUGGCCCUUGCAAUUAGCUUAAGGAUUAAGAAGUCAUUGCGUUUUACUAAAUCAAAUUUACGAGAAUCAUUUUAUUCUUCUUUGUUUCUGGGCUUGCCUAGGCAAAAUAUAUCUAUUGUUGAAAAUAAUCCCAAUUUUGCGACAUCAUCAAUUUACGAUAUGUCCAAUGAAUUAUGGCGUGACACUUGCAUACUUUUGUUAAAGUUGUUCAUUCAUGGAAACCUAGGCUUGCAAAAUCUCCCAUCUGACGUCUUUGGGAUUUUUCUGGAACUAAUGAGUUUUUGCUUUUCAAUAUAUAUAAAAGAAUUAAAAAGCAUGAAAGUUUUAGAUGAGCUUUUUCAACUUGCUUUCAUUUUUUCUGCUUCUGACACCCAACACUCAAAAAAAUCAUGCUGGGGUUAUUUGGUCAAUUUCAAUGUUGAAACAUUUGAAUUUUCUCUUAGUCAAGAAGACUCUAAUAUGGACAGUAAUGAUGAAGCCAGUACCCAUAAAGAAUCUUUAGACCCCAAUGAAAAAUUGGGAAUUGCGGUUCUUCCAUUUAACGUUGCUUUUGGUAUAGCUAUUAUCUCUGCUACCCAAGUAGUAUUUUCUGAUAUUUCAAAAGAUUCUUCUUGUUUGUCGGAAAGUACUCUAAAAGAAAAUUAUGUUACUGGUCAUAUACCUGUUUGCUCUGAAAGUUUCAAGAUAUUUAAAACACCCACUGAAAAUGUUUUAAAUUCUUUUUUUAAGUUUUUAGGGUCUUUUAUUCCUUUUACCGAAAGUCUUGAAUUAUUAGAGAAUAAUUCUAAAGAAUCUCAGCCCAAAUUUAGUUUCGAUUCCCACUAUAGUCGCAGUAUUUUUGAUACAACUUUACAGACUUUAGCCUCAGUUGAGUAUAACCCUUAUUUUCCCAUUAAUAGGUUUUGGAGUUGUUUCGUUGAUGCUACAACUAAAAGUCUAAACAAUUUUGACGAUGAUUCAAAAAAAAAUAGUUUAGAUGGAUCUAACGAGCAUUUACUUGAGUUUCAGGCAAAAAAUAACGAUGAAUCUAUUCGGCUUAUUGUUCAAAGGCUGUUAAUAGCUUUUGCUGUUCUUGAGCAGAUUUAUUUUCAAUUAGAUCCUCGCAUUAAAUCUUUGAAAAAAAUAGAGCGGGACCUUCUUUUGAUAAAUGGCUUUCCUUUUAUUUUGGAAUCUGAUUUGGAAUCUUUUAAAAAAAUUAUGGAACUUCAUUUAGUAACUAUGAGUUCAUAUUCAAUUUGUCCUGACAUUGUUAAAGAAUUUUCAAUCGCCAUGAAAGAUCUUAUAAAGUACAUUGAUAUUGAAUUUUUUAAAGAUUCUAAAUCUCCUUCGUGCUUCUCAUCAUCUAAUAAUAAUGGUUUGUCUUUUCAAGCAGCAGGACUUCAAAAUAUGUCUAUUGCUGAAUCGUGGCCCUGGUUUAUUGAUGCAUUUUUUUUCCGAAUCUUUCCAUGUUCUCGAGAUCGCAUUGAAGACAACUUGGCUUUGGAAUAUUUACUGCCGAUAAUACCACAAGGUUACUUUACUUCACUUUCAAAGUACGUUUCUCAAAUACCUAUGACAGAUCAAAGGUUUGGAUCUGGAAUCACCGUGCCAGAUAAAAUGUAUAAAUCUGCAUAUCGCUCUUUGAUUGUGGGGAAACAAAAGUUAGAAAAGCUUAUUACUACAUCUGAUGAUCCUAAUUCAUUCUCAAAGUUGUUGGGAUGUGAAACAAAGGCUGCCAGAGCUGCAGGAUUUCCAUAUGAUUCAAAUGAUUCUACUAAAAUUUUUGACCUUCAAAAGUUUUGGUGGCUGGACACAGAUCCAAGCGCAGAUUUUAAUGAUCUUGUUGAUUCAUCUGCAUUCAUUGAGGCAACUCUUGCUGGACUUUUUGUUAAUGAUGUUUCUAUGGCUUCUGUUUCAGCUUCUUUGUUUCUUCGAGUAAAACCCAGUAUGCUAAAAAAAUUCCUCAUACCUGAUGGAUAUUUUCUUGACGUCAGCCCAGAUGAACAAAAGUAUUUAUAUCCUCCUGUUUUCAUAGGGAUUUUAUAUAUUUGGCAUAAAGUUUGCCCUGAUUUUCCUGAUAAAUCUUUGCUUCCAAGAAGCGAUUUUUUGUUUUUUAAAACAAAUAAAACCUUCAGCGAAAUUUUUGAUUACAUUGAAAAGUAUGGAAAGAAAUUUCUCUCGUCAGUCAAAAAUUACAAAUUUACCACAACCUUACAAAAUCCUUUUGGUAGUCUUGAUUUCAAUUUAUUUGUUCAAUUGCUGCAAAAUACCGACGAUUCUGAUUUGAAUGAUAAUGAGCAGCAAUCUGAUUCUUGUGUUUUCAACAAUUCACCAAAACCUGAACAGUCAUCUUUUACUCAAGAACUUGAACCUAUCAAUAAAAUAAAUGAUUCAUGUCAAUCUUUAGAUCAUUUUCCUUUAGAUUCGGUUAGAAAAUUGCCAAUUAAACCUUUAUUAAAAAGAAAUUUGUCGGAUCUAAAUGAGCUACAGACUACUAAAAGUAUUGGUUCAAAAUUUUCGGAAAAUAAUUGCCAAAAUACAUUCACUCAAAAAAUUGUACCUUUAGAAGAAAGUAUUAGUGAAUCUGAUAACGCCCAAGAAAUUUUUCUUGAGUCAACUGGAAACUUGAGUAAAAACAAUAACAAUUCUUUACAUAUCAGUGGUUCAAGUUCUUGCGAAGUCAAUAACGAAGCAAAUGAAAAACUAGUUUCUGAAGAAACCCAAAUCAUUUUUGGCGUUGAAAACAAAAAUCCCACAUUACUCCAUAAUUCUAACAAAUCGACAUUAGAUCUUGUUGAAAGGCAAUUAAAAAAACAAAAGACACAAAAUUGUCAAGAUUUCAAAGAAGUCGGCGAUCUAGUCUCAAAUCUCAAGACUUUCAUAUCUAAGUACAAUAUGAGCUUUUCUUCAACUCCAUCAGAAAAUGAUGAUUCAUCAAAUUGCAUCCCAGAGUCACUUUUGUUUAGCUUGGAGUCUAAUUUAAUUGAGGCAUUAAGAGUUGCUCAUACUAAUAGGGCUCAUGAAUUUAGAAAUGUUCCUUAA